GCAAAGGAAAGAGUACUCUGUUGUAUGCUUUUGGUUGUGUGUGCCUAGAGUAUCAGAGACUUGAGUUGUACUGUGACAGUACAAAACAAAAGUUGUGCUAAGCCACUUUUGUUGCCGUGCGAUUUGAGGGAAACGGUAACAAUUGUGUAUUACAUAUCUGUCAUACAUUUUUUCUAGAUCUACUUCAGUGUUUACAAUUUGAGUAGGUGCCUGGGAUUUAAGGAAGCUCUUGAUGUUUGUUGCUCUUGUGGAUAGGAAAGGCUGAGAAGUGCAGAGGAUACAGCAAAGUUUUCGCAAAGAUUACAUUGUGUGUGUGUUUCAUUAGAUGUGUACAUAUUCAGUGUAAUUUGUGGAGGCAAGCGUGGAGUAAUAUGUCACUGCCAAGAUUUUCUGGUUCCUUCUGUGGAUUAAACUUUCGUGUGUGGUUGGUAGUAUGCUUAACGUUGCUGUGUGUACUCAGCGUCUACCGCUACAUCAGUGACCUCAAUGGACGUUUGGAUGUACUCAUCUCUUCAAGAGUCAAACUGGAAAAAGCGGUGACCAAACUUCAGCUGGACAGUAUUGACAUCUCCAGGCGUCACCUUUCUUUUGCAGACGAGCAACACAUGCGCUUCAUCACGAACAUCACUGGAUGGGAUGAAAAGAAGCCUGCCAUAUACCACGGACACGUGGCCUUUAUAGACUUCUCACG